AUGCACUUCACACUCCUUGCCCUGUCCGCUGCCGUAGCUCUGCCUUUGGCCAGCGCCUAUCCCAUCAGCGGAGACGUGGUCAACUGCCGCUCCGGGCCCGGCACUAGCUACGGCGUCGUCAAGUCCUACAAGCGCGGCGAAGACGUUUCCAUCACCUGCCAGGCAACCGGCACCAGCAUCAAGGGUGACGAGCUCUGGGACAAAACCUCGGAUGGCUGCUACGUGACCGACUAUUAUGUCAAGACCGGCAGCAGCAGCUACGUCACCAAGAAGUGCGAUGGCGGCAGCUCUGGUGGUGGUAGCAGCGGAGACCUGCCCGGACUGAGCUCAACUCAGUCCAAGCACGCCCAUGCUAUUAUUGGCGAGGCAAAGCGUGAGGAUCUGGGCCGUCAUGGAUGCACUGCCGGUAUUGCAACAGCACUUGUUGAGUCGAGCAUUCUAAUCUACGCCAACAACGACGUCCCCGAAUCGCUGAAGUACCCCCAUGACAAGGUCGGCUCUGACCACGACAGCGUGGGUAUCUUCCAGCAGCGCGCGAUGUUCUACCCCAACAUUGCAGCUGAUAUGGACGCUGCCAAGUCUGCUGCCCAGUUCUUCGCGAAGAUGAAGAAUAUCAGCGGUUGGAAGACUAUGAGCGUUGGCACGCUUUGCCAGAAGGUACAGGGCUCGGCCUAUCCGACGCGCUAUGCUGAGCGUGUUGCCGAGGCCGAGAAGAUCUGCAGUGCUGGUGGCCUCUAG